CAUCCCCUUCAACCGAACAUGAUAACACCCCCUCGGUUUUUUUAACCCGCGCGAGCGCUAUGCCUUCUGGGAGUUGGAGUCCGCGCUCAAGCUGAACGAUAUACGAGCGAAGGCAAGCCGAACUACAACUCCCAUGCUGCCUUUCGGCCUCGAACGAAUCUGAAUAUGUGGGCGGAGAGCGUCCGCCCACAAAGAGCCUCUCUUUUUUUUCAACUGUAGCGUUAAUGCAAUUGUGCAUGAAAAAGUGUGAUAACGAAAAGUGAACGCAGCGCGUAAAACGCGGGAAUAACUCGGCGCGAGGACAAACAGUGAGGACAGCACGGCGGAAACACGCGCGCGCGCACAAAAAAGAGAAAGAAGAGCGGGGCGUAUUUUGGCGUUCACUUGAUAUUUAAAUAGAAGUGGGUGGGCCUUAAGGCGAAAGGCAGGAGUGUUAACUUGGAUUUGGACGCGUUUCGUCGGAGAGCCGGAAAGAAAAAAAAAGCGCAAAAAAAAACAAAACAAAAAAAAAAAACAAAAAGUCCCAGGCCGGGUUUGAAGACCAAAAGAAAGAAGCCAUGGCCACGGACGGGGGGAAAUCGGGUGGAGGUGAAAGGACCACUAAAGGGAAAACGCCAGGAUCCCAGGACGCGCAGCCGUCGCCUCUCGCCCUUCUUGCAGCCACAUGCAGUAAAAUAGGAGGCGUGGGAGGGGAAGGCCAGGCCGGCGCCCAGCAGCAGAUCAUCAUAGACCCCAGCCAGGGUUUGGUGCAGCUCCAGAACCCUCCUCAGCAGCUGGAGCUUCUGCCCGCUCAGUUCACAGGGAACGGCUGGCAGAUCAUCGCGGCCUCGCCCGCACCUGCUGCCGCCGCCACCACCGCAGUGGCCAAGGACGGCGUGCAGGCCACCAGCGUGGCCGCCGUGGCGACCGCCGCUAACGUCGUUGCUGUGGACGGCACACCGGGCCGGAAGAUAAAAUCGGUUGCCGCCAACAAUGCAUCCGUGGGACAGCAGCAGCAACAGUUUCAGAUCAUCCAGGUGCAGAACAUGCCCAAUUCGACAGGAGGGAUCCAGUAUCAGGUGAUCCCACACAUCCAGACCGCUGAUGGUCAGCAGAUCCAGAUAAACCCCAGCAACCCCACGGCCUUAAGCGUCCAGCCCGAGCAGAUUCAGCUCAUUCCUGCUGGGAACAACCAAGCCAUCCUGACCUCCCCUCCGAGGGCAGCCUCCGCUAGCAUCGUGGCCCAGAACGUGACCGGUCAGGCCAUCCCGCUGCAGAUCCGCCCGUCCUUUCCGCUCCAGGUGCAGACCAUCCAGGGCGCGCAAGCCCCUGUGGUGACUACGUUACCCAUAAACAUCGGCGGUGUGACCCUGGCUUUGCCCGUCAUCAACAAUGUGGCUGCGGGCGGGGGAUCUGUCCAGCUGGUCCAGACCAGCGACGCAAAUGGCAACCAGUUGAUAGCCGCCCCUGUCACAAGCACAGUCGGUGGAGCUGAGACUUCAGUCGUGGCCACUAGCACCACCACGGCUGGUUGUGCAGAUUCCGUUGCCACGACAACCGCUGACGGCACGGCAAUCGCGGCAUCGGAAUCAGGCGUUGAGUGUCAGAAAGACGGCCAGAGUGCAGACGGCCAGGGCACGGCCCAGUCCAACGGGCUUCAGCAGGUGCAAGAGCAGCCGGCUCAGGUGCAGCAGUUUCAGAUCGUUGGCCCCCCGGUGUUGCAGCACAUCCAGAUCCAGCAGCCGCAGCAGCAGCAACAACAACAGCAGCAGCAGCUGGUCCAGGGCUCCAUUCAGCUGCAGCCUGGUCAGACCCUGCAGCCAGUCCAGCAGAACAUCCAGCUGCAGGCCUUUCAGAAUCCAGCACAGGUGCUGAUCCGGGCGCCUACGCUCACGCCCACGGGCCAGAUCAGCUGGCAGACGGUGCAGGUGCAGAAUGCCGGCAUGCCCCAGCAGCUCACGCUCGCACCUGUGACCUCCAACACCGGCGGGAUCACACAGAUCGCCCCACUGGCCAUCGGAGGGACUCCCAUCACCCUGAACGCCGCCCAGCUGACCUCCGGGACGGGAGUGCAGACAGUGAAUUUAGCAAGCCUGGGCACCGCUGGGGUCCAGGGAGUGCAGGUCCAGGGAGUGCCUCUCACCAUCACAGGGGUGCAAAGUCAGCAACAGGGUCAGGCAGGAGUCAAGGUUCAGCCUGCCCCAGUGACGGUCACCGUCGGGAACAUAGCCAACGCGACGCUGAAUGCAGUGAGCCCAGAGCAGAUGGGCCAAGCCCAGAGCCCCUCGGAGCAGGAGGGUCAGCCAAGCAAGAGACUCCGCAGGGUGGCCUGUUCGUGUCCCAACUGCAGGGACGGAGAGGGCAGAAACAGUGAUCCAUCGAAAAAGAAGCAGCACGUGUGUCACAUGGCAGGCUGUGGUAAAGUGUACGGCAAGACGUCUCACCUGAGGGCGCAUUUGCGCUGGCACACGGGAGAGAGACCCUUCGUCUGCAACUGGAUCUUCUGCGGCAAACGCUUCACCAGGAGCGACGAGUUACAGCGGCACCGCAGGACGCAUACAGGUGAAAAGAGGUUCGAGUGUCCAGAAUGUUCCAAAAGAUUCAUGAGGAGCGACCACCUGUCAAAGCACGUCAAAACCCACCAGAACAAAAAAGGAGGCACAGCACUGGCCAUUCUCACCACCGAGGACAUGGAGGAUGAGGUGGAGGAAGGCCUGGGCUCGCCCAGAAUCGUCACGGUGGCCCCGCUGUCCCAGGAUUCCAACCCGGCCACGCCCACAACAUCUAACAAUCUAGAGGAAGAGUUCGAGUAGCUCGGCCUACGGCUCCUCCGCUGAAAGCACCAUGUUUUAUGUUAGUUUUUAGUUGUACGUUUCUUUCGUUUGUUCUUUUUUUUCUAAUGAAAAUGGACAGCUGUUUGAGUGCACCUGAUUUUUCAUAUGAAAAUGUAAAACUAUGGAAUAUUAUAAUACAAAAUAAUAAUCUAAAGAGUAUGGAGAGUUACCAUUGGUUUUAAGAGACAUACAGUGAUUACUGGUAAUAAUGAGAUGGAGUAUGUCCUAUUUACAGUAGCACAAGGAGGGAUCUGUUUGCUCCCAGUACGAAAAAUCCACUAUAAAGAGAAUCUGUUUCUAUGCACAAAACUGUAUAUCUUUUUGUCAAAUUGAUUAUUGGUCGAUUAUACAACCUAUUCAGCUUACUAGGAUUGGGGAGGAGGUAAAUGUAAGGUAGAUGAGCCUUGUGUCCUAUAACUGAGGUCAGUGGUGAGUUGCGGCUUUGAAUACAGUCGAGCAAAGAGCCUACGCAGACUGUUUUUGUGAAACUGAGUCGCUCGACACCUAAACUUACUGUAGGAUCCUUCCUGUUCUAUGCUGACUCGAUCUAACUGUCAUCACAUGAGGAGAGGACAGGACAUAUUUCACAGAGCAGGAUUUCUGAGUAAAGCUAGUUAACUUAAGUCAAAAGUGAGGAUUGUCCAGUACAAAUGUCACUUAGCUCUCCGGCUAAUGGACAGGCUUGACUUUGCGCUUCGGUGUUUUUCAACCUCAUCUCCAUCUGCUGCAUCUGUAGCAUAUGGUCAGUUAUCACAGACAGUAAUUUAUCUGGACUUAGAAAUGAACAGAAAACUGACUCAAAACACACUUAGAAUAAUUCUAUUUAUAAUAAAUCUUUCUGAUUGUCUAGCUAACUGAUUAACUGCUGCUUAACUUAUCCAGCAGUCGUAUUGACUGUUGCUUUAUCCAUUUAUCCAGCUAACUGAGAAGCUAACUGAUUGGCUACUGCUUCAUUCGGUUAUCUAGCUAACUGAGAAGCUAACUGAUAAGUUACUGCUUUAUUUGGUUAUCCAGCUAACUGAGAAGCUAACUGAUUGGCUACUGCUUCAUUCGGUUAUCUCGCUAACUGAGAAGCUAACUGAUUGGCUACUGCUUCAUCCAGUUAUCUCGCUAACUGAGAAGCUAACUGAUUGGCUACUGCUUCAUCCAGUUAUCUAGCUAACUGAGAAACUAACUGAUUGGCUGCUGCUUCAUCCAGUUAUCUCGCUAACUGAGAAGCUAACUGAUUGGCUACUGCUUCAUACGGUUAUCUAGCUAACUGAGAAGCUAACUGAUUGGCUGCUGCUUCAUCCAGUUAUCUCGCUAACUGAGAAGCUAACUGAUUGGCUACUGCUUCAUACGGUUAUCUAGCUAACUGAGAAGCUAACUAACUGGCUACUUCUUUUUUCAGUUAUCUAGCUAACUGAGAAGCUAACUGAUUGGCUACUGCUUUAUUUGGUUAUCCAGCUAACUGAGAAGCUAACUAACUGACUACUUCUUUUUUCAGUUAUCUAGCUAAGUGAGAAGCUAACAGAUUGGCUACUGUUUUAUUCAGUUAUCUAGGUAAUGGAUGCUAACUGGCUACCGUUAUAUUCACUUGUCUAGCUAACUGUGAAGCUAACUUAUUAGCUGUUUCAGUCUGUUGUCUAGCUAACUGAGAAAUCCUGCUUUGUGAAAUAUCCUCCCAGGACUGUUCAGUGUCACGUUCUUAGAUGUUAUACAUUUAUGCAGGUAUUAAGCUGUCAAAUCGACCUAUGAAUAAAGGAACCAGAGACGAUAAAGACAGACACACUGAAAGGGUCACUUAAAAAGCACAUAUGAAAUUUAAAGAUGUAUAAAACGAUGCAUUCCUGUGUAGAAGAGGUUGAUGUUGAAAAUAAGGAGAAAAAAGGAUGGGGGGAAAAACAAUCUAGCUUUCUACGACUUGCUAUGUUAAAUGAAAGCAAUACUAUAAUGACAAUCCUUGCGAAACCAUGUUUACAUUAGAAAAGGGGCAGAAAAGAUUUCUUUGAGAAAUGAAAAACAGCCAGAAAAAAAGCUCUUUGGUGUCUCUAAGUCAUAUGAACUGUACUACAAUGCCUUAACACAGACUGCAGUACCAUUCUCAAAUGAAUGAGUGGUUUCAGUGGGUGGGGAGGGGACUUUACCAGACUAGGAGUCGUGUACAGUCGCGCACAGUUGACCAUGUGUUUCUUUUAUAUGAUAGCCAACACUGUGGCCAGUUAUAAACAAUGCAGCUGGGUGCAUUGUUUUAAUUUCCAUUGGAGCAAAGAUUGAGUAUCAACCUUCUUGACAUCAGCGCUUUUUUUUUUCUCUCCUAAUUCCACCACUCUGUAAUCUCACGUUGGUAGUGGUGGUCCCAAAGUUUGCCAGCACCACCCCCCUAACCCCUUCCCCCUGCCUGCCUCCUCACCAACCACAAAAAAAGGACUUUUUCCAUCAGCUUUACACCCACUUUCCAUAAUCAGCCCUCUGCCCCAUCCUAUGCCCCCCACACCUCUGCACUUCUGUAAAACUGGGGCCACUUGCUUCUGCUUCUUUUGCUUCGGAGGGGUUCAGUCCCACAUUAGCUCAGUUUGGUGUUCUGAGAUGUGUCUGGUGGCGUUUUUAUUCGUGGAAAUUUUGUCGGUUUCUUUUUUUUUAAUUUUAUUUUCUUCUCCCUUUCCCUUCCCUACCCCGUUCUUUUAACACGAACUGUGUAUAUCGCUAAUUUAUUAUUUAUCCUUAUUUCAAUAUUUGCCUUUGCAAAUCGCUGAUGUGUAUCGUACGCUGUUGAGUCAGAUUAUGUGCAGCAUGUUUUUCUUUCUGCUCUAGUAAUGAUUUAUUAUUUCUACUCGUGGUCCUUUUUAUAACCAUAGCUUUUUAAUUUAAAUUAAUUAUUUUUUUUUCCUCACACCAUAACAUGUUUCAGAAAAAAAGAAGAAAAAAAUAAUAUGUGGCAAAAAAAGUUCAAAAUGAAUGAUUGAUACCAAACAAUUUAGAUGUUUUUGGUAAUAUUUUGUGUGACGACCGAUUUUUUUUUUCUUCGAUAUUUUCUAGUGACAUCUCAUUUGUAAAUCUUUUUCUAAGAUGUUUGUUUGUCCUCAUGACAUUUGAUAAUGUUUUUUUUUGCCAGGUUAGCCUGAAAGGCUGCGGUUUAUUGAUAUUUUUAAAAUAACUUUGUACAAAUGUGUUAUGUUAAUGGGUAAUUAAAAAAAUCUUUGCCUGCAUAACACUGGAAAUUAAAAGUGAAUAAAUCUGUCUUAAAUAUACCACAUAU